AUGGCCAGCAAGUAUGCAGCAGUACAUGUAUCACCAAAGGGUCCAGGAGAUGCUCGUCCAACAGCUCUGCAGAUAAUUCAAGACGAAGACCUCGAGGGUAAACUUUCAGACAAGGUCAUUCUGAUCACUGGCGUAUCGUCAGGGAUCGGUGUCGAGACCACACGAGGCCUUUUCGCAACAGGCGCACAACUAUACCUCGCUGCUCGAGAUCUCAACAAAGCCCAGAACGCACUUCCCGAGCUCGUCGAGUCCGACCGAGUGCAUUUCCUAGAGCUCGACCUCAACUCAUUGGAAAGCGUGCGAGCUUGUGCUAAGAGUUUUCUGUCUCGAUCAAAGACACUCAACAUAUUCAUCGCCAAUGCAGGAGUUAUGGCGUGCCCAGAAGGCCGCACCAAGGAUGGCUUUGAGACGCAGCUAGGCACCAACCACCUUGCCCACUUUCUGCUCUUUUACCUCCUGCAACCGACACUUUUGUCUUCCGCCACGUCGUCCUCCAGUUCGCGAGCAAUCUUCCUUUCCAGUGUGGCCCACCGCAUCGCGGAGGUCAACUUCGACAACAUCAACCUCGAAGGCAUCUACAACGAGUGGAUUGCCUACGGCCAGAGCAAGACCGCACCGGUCUGGACCGCCAACGAGAUUGAUCGCCGAUAUGGAACUAAAGGUCUUCAUGCGACCUCUGUCAAUCCUGGUGCGAUCUGGACCGACCUCCAACGACAUAUGGAGGAUCAGAGCAUGUUUGAGGGCCUUCAAGAAUAUUUCAAGAGCCCUGCCCAGGGCGCCGCAACCACCGUCUGGGCCGCUGUCGCACCCUUAUUUAAUAAUCAAGGAGGAAAGUAUCUAGAGUCCUGUCAGAUUGCCAAGGCUUGGACUGAGAGCGAUGGGCAGUGGGGAGAUGGUUAUGCGGCUUGGGCGUAUGAUGAAGCGAAGGAGGGCAAAUUGUGGAAAGUGUCUCUCGACUUGCUGGGGCUGAAACAUGAUACUUCAUGA